GGUGGGCGAGGGCACUUGGCUCUUUUUGACCCAUUUCGAUAAGCUUGUCGGUAACUUUAUCGGGCUUUCUAACAUUUUUCAAAAAAUAAAAAUCACAUCUUUCCAUCCCCUUGCCAGCCGCUCCUUCCGUUGGUGUUCGCUGCUAAAACCCUAAACCCUAAAUUACUGGUAACUCCUAUCGCCGGAGGAGAGGGGAGUCAGCACAGCCCAAUUUGCGAUAAAAUCAUAAUGAUUCCAGCUUUAAGGUGUCGCUGUCGGGAUUCCAAGCUUGUAUCCAUAUUGUACGGAUCGCCGUGGGGUUAUCAUUCGACAUCGCCGCCCCUUUUGGCGAGGUUAUACUCCUUCAACUCCAUCGACUCCGACGCCGCUACUGAUCGUCGUCGUCCACAGCAACCUGCUAGAGGAGAACGAUUCACAAGCAGAGCCCAGGACAAUUCUUUUCCCGGCGAUAGAGACCAGCCUGCCGGUGUCAAUAACAAUGAUAGCCACGAUAUUGAUUAUUAUAACUACAACGACCCAUACGGAGUGGGUAAACGCACAACCUACAAUACGGUGCGCCAAAAUCCUCCGGAUCCCAUACCCAACAGGCCCUUGCGGGGAGAGAAGCAACCGAUCCAUCAACCAGAACAUCUCUCUCGCCGAAACCAUGGCCAAGGCGGUGAUAAGAGAUAUGGGAAAUCAACAGCCGCCGUCAGCCCCAGCAACCUGAAGAACAAACCUGUUGGAGGACUGGGAGUGGCAGUCAACAGAACCUCUGGUCAAUCUCCCAGUACUAGCAGCGACAUUUUCUUAUUCAAGGAGGAGGAGGAGGAAGAAGAUACAAAGAAGCAACACUCUGAAUAUUCUGGUCCUCAACAUUCUCCCAUCGGAGGAGAGAAUCAGCAGCAGCAGGGCCUCGAUUUUCUAGAAAAGUUCAGGCUGGGGUUUGAUAAAAGGGACAAGCAUCUCUCAGAAACUGCUGCCUCGAGACAUGACGAAGAGAUGAAAGCGGUCGCUGAAAGCCCACCUCCGGCCCAAGACGUGGAAGAGAUCUUCAAGAAAAUGAAGGAAACUGGCCUCAUUCCUAAUGCUGUGGCAAUGCUUGAUGGCCUCUGCAAGGAUGGCCUAGUCCAAGAAGCCAUGAAGCUUUUUGCCAUGAUGCGCGAGAAGGCUACCAUCCCCGAGGUUGUGAUAUAUACUGCUGUGGUUGAAGGUUUUUGCAAGGCCCACAAACUAGACGACGCCAAGAGGAUUUUCAGGAAAAUGCAGAACAACGGGAUCUCUCCCAAUGCUUUCAGUUAUACUGUAUUGAUUCAAGGGCUCUAUAAAUGUAGGAGAUUGGAUGAUGCACUCAACUUCUGUGUGGAAAUGCUGGAGGCUGGGCAUUUGCCAAAUUUGGCUACCUUUGUGGGUUUGGUUGAUGGGUUUUGCCAGGAGAGGAGCGUAGAAGAAGCCCGCAGCGCAAUUGGAACGUUGAUGCAGAAAGGGUUCUAUUUUGAUGAGAAAACUGUUAGAGAAUAUCUGGACAAGAAAGGGCCAUUCACACCACUGGUUUGGGAGGCUAUAUUUAAAAAGAGCUCGUAGAUAUCCGUCUGAUUUAUUGUUUGUUUGGUUGAAGGCAAUGAAAGCCAGUAAGGGUGUGUUUGAUUGGGGGAUGGAAAGUGGGGCGGAAUUCUAAUUUCAUAGAAUUUCAAUUCUCACCUCACCCCCACCCCUUAGGAAUUUCAAUUCCUUGAUUUCAAGGAAAAUCUUCACUUUUUGAACUAAGAUAGAAUUUGAAUUCCAUGAAAAAAAAAAUUAUUUGAUGGAAUUUUUUAGAAUUUGAAUGAAAAAUAAAUUCCACCCUCAUUUUUCUCCCUAUCAAACGCACCCUAAGACUGCAUGAUGUUAGCAACGAAUUCAGUUUGUAUCUCUGGCUGCAGUCUGCUAAUUUUGGCAGACCAGUUCAUCUUGCCCGUACCCCCUGGCUUAGCAAAAUGACAGAAUCUGGGCUUUAAAUCUGAAGGGUGUCUUUGUUUUCAGGAUAAAUGAAGACAGAAACCCGCUUGUUUAUGGUUGGUUAUGAAAUGACAUGGCCAUGGCCGAGGCCGAGGAGAAGGGCAUCCACCAUGAUCCAUGAAUGAAUGUGUGUAGUUAGAUAAACAAGGCAUUGGAAAUAAUGAUGCUUGCAUCCGGGAAUUGGGAAUAAUGGUGGUGAGAUGAGGAUUAGGUGUUAGAUCUUUUGUCCUUUAUAUAAUUUGUUGUUAUUAUUAUUAUUAGUUAUUUUAUUUAUUUAUUUAUUUAUUUUU